CAAUGCUUCAUUCUUAUGCAAAUGAGGCGCUCGUGCCGUGAUUGGCGGGAGGGAGAACACUAGACGGAUCAGCCAUGUUGCCUACAAACUAUGUGAGCAGAUUUUCUGGCAAUGUCAAGUUUUGAGCGGCUUUUUCUACCAUUUUUUACCAGGAGCGCCCAAGAGCAGACCCCUGACCAUGCCGUGAUGACCGACAGCAGCUGGAUCUGACCCACCCUGGUUGCUACGGCAACAUGGCGGAUGCAGACUUCUUGGACCUAGAUGACCUUGACCUUCUAGAUGACCAUCAGAAUGUGACAGAAAAUGCAGAAGAAUACGACUUUGAGAACUUCGGCUUUGAAGACCAAGAUGUGGAGAAUGAACCACCGAAAUCAGCCGAAGGUCCGAAGAAUGGUAAAACAGAAACAGGGUCACAAGAGAAAGUCGGUAUUAAGCCAUCCCAGCAUUCCCCUGUCCUUCCGAGACCUCCGAAGGCGGAAAACGGUUUACCUGAGAACGAGGAACUGGAACUGGAACUGUCCAUGGCGAGGAAACAGAAGGUCAGGCGGAAAAGACGGACGCGAGAAUACGGAACUGGGAGACACGACUUGGACUCAGACCAAAGUACAGACGACUACACGCCAACAAGCGUACUGGGCGCUGUACGCAGGUUUGAGACCAAAACGUUGGAUCCUUUCAGCAAGUCUCCUCCUCGCGUUCCCCCGCGGAGAAAGCCUCGGGUCGCGGGAAGACUAAAGGGCAUGGAAGCAAAGUUAGACCGUGUUUUCAGUCAGGAACACAGACCCGAUGCCAGCGAGGAAAACACGGAAGAAGUUUCGACCGUCUCACCACGUAAUUCUACUAGUUCUGACGUUAGCGUGUCGCAGUUUAAAGAGCUUGAAACAAACAACAACAACAACAGCAAUGUAGUAAAGAAGGGAAGGACUAGAGACAAACAAGACAUGUCUUCCACACAGACUAAACUUCCGUCCAGAACUACAGAGGACGGAAAACAUUCUGCAUUGAAUGGAAACUCUGACAUGCAGUUGGUUGCUAGGCAACACGAAUUGAUUGACAUUGAGGAGGAGUUGUUGAAAGAACCCUCCAAACUUGAGAUUGAGAAAAUCUUCCCUCCAGAAAGCCUGCCUAAAACGACGUCCGGUAACCAGUCCAGCGAAGACACGCUCUGUAGCGAUGACGGGAAAAACCGCGACACGUCGCCCGAGGGUAAUCAGACGGCGACCCCCACGCCGACACCAAAGGAUUGUGGGAGUGAAGCAAGGCAUGCUGGGAGUACUUCUAAACACAAGCUGCUGUCUGAGCGGAUGUGGGAGGUUUGGCGAACUGGCUGGGAUGGUAACCUGGCUGAUCUGCAAUAUCAUAUUGGGGACAAACCAUUUGCCAUGCGGGAUGAAGGAGGCGACACCAUCCUCCACACGGUGGUGGCGCGGGGACACCUGGCCUGCGUACACUGGCUGGCGGGAGGGCCGUGUUCCGACCUCGUGUUGGCGGAGAAUGAAGACGGAGACACUCCAACAGCCGUGGCAGCUAAGUAUGGGCAGCUGGAGUGUCUACAGUGGCUUGUGUGUGAGACCCCAGCAGGCAGGGAACUAAGGCUCAUGGGAGACAGACAACCACUCAUACAUCAAGCAGCAAGAUAUGGGCAGGAGCCCUGCUUGAGAUGGCUGUUGAGUCACAUGAGGAGUCAGAAUCUGGGCAUGGACAUCCAGGAUCACCAUGGUAACAGCCCCGCCCACAUAGCAGGCAUGCAUGGACAUCUGACAUGUCUACAGACGCUUGUCGAGUACGGCGUGGACGUGUUAGCUAAGAACAGGGACGGGCUGACGCCGUGCAUGCUGGCGGAGAGACACGGUCACCUGACAUGUGUCAACUAUCUCAUCAUUGUGGAGUCCUGCUCCACGUUCUCUGAACAGGUUAUCUACCUGAAGCAGUCGCUAGGCAACAAGCUCCUCCCCAACAGAACAGCGAUGGACGCCCAACUUCCUGACGACAGCAGCCACGAGAUUCGCAAGAUGUUGACGGACUAUGCAAGUUUUACCCGAGACCUGGUCCAGCAGUUCCGACAGCUCCAGUCUCCCAGCAGCCCCCAGGACCUCAGGGUACAGAACAGAGCAGCGGAUCUGCAGACACGGUUUCAGCAGCUACAGCAGAGCCACCAGGCAGGACAAACAAGAACUGCAGCCGGAAACAGCAAAAUGGGGCUGGAGCCUCUGGAUGUUAUGAGACAAAGACUGUCCGAGGCAGGACGCAGGUUAUCCAACUCCCAACCAGAGGUCAACAGCCUCCGACCUUCUACCCCACCCUUCCUGCAGUCUCCUCCUAGGGUGCAAAGGCUUGUGGGAAGCCCCACUCAAAGGACUGUGGGUAACACAAGUGACCCAGACUCUAGUGAAAGUAAUUUGCCACUCUUGGCAGACCCUGAUGAAAGCUCACCGUUACAUCGCAAAUACGAUCAACCGUCUACAGAACCUUUGGGUAGACUCCAGCAGAAAGAGGAGGUUAAGCCAGUGGAAGGAUCUCAGACACAGAGAAGAGAUGUGGUCGAAAGAGUUGUGAUGAGGAAAGAAAAUAAAUCCAGAGACAGGCCUGAGUCUGAAAGCUCUACAGAGCCAAAUUCACCAAGGACGUUAACAAUGGUUGCACGAGCAGUGAAAUCCAAGUUCACAAGGAAAAAGAACCAUUCCCCUUACAGUUCCCCGUCUUCUAGCCUUAGUAGCAUGUCUUCCUUCACUGACGGUGACACUCCCGUCAGAAAUGGUGGUAAUGGUUUGGGCCAUAGCCCCAAGAGAGUACCGCCAACCUCAGAACAUAAACCCAGGACUUCUAACGCUGCCGAGGGUUCUAAGAACUCCCCAAAUGCAGCAAAAGACACCCAACCUCCACAUAGAUCUAGAGGAAAAAGACCGGGCCCUGUGAUCGAAAAGUUGAACAGUACCGACAACCUGCACCGAAUAUUUGAGAAAUACAACAUCAAGGGAAUUCACGAGGAUGCGUCGGAAACAAGCGUGAACUUUGGAGGAUUCCGUACACCGCUGGAGGUAAGCGAGGUGCCAGAAUUGAACAUUGACGUGCACCAACCACCAAUGGACUAUCUCCGGAGACUGCAGCCUUCAGAUUCCGCACUGAAUUCUGAGGCCGCUGGUUUCGUGGAGAAGGAAGACUCCCCCAUCCCCCGCAGCUCGCCGCUCCCCGGGAACGCUCGCAGUCGAAGUAGCCCCAAGAGUUCUCUCAAGGAUCCCAACUCCAAACCCAAGCAGCACGGACACCGCGUAACGUUCGAAGAGACGGUCUCGCAGAUCGAAGUGGAAAGGUACACGGAUGACGUUUCAGAGCGCUCGUGGUCCAACGCAGACGAUCGUUCUGUAACUGUCUUACCAGGAGAGAUGAGUGAGGGGAGUAUCCAUGUCACAGAGGCACAGGUACAUUACACAGAGACAGAAGUGAAACUGAAGGAUAUGUCUGACAUGUCAGGAGAAGCUGGGGAUGACCGUGGCAGUCUGCAGCAGGGGGAUGGCCAGCGGAAGAGAGAACAGCCUGAGGGUGUUCCUGCCCAGCACUUAGAGCAGGAAGGUGCUAUACCACUACAGAACUCACUCGACUACUACAAUGUGGAUGGAGACCAGGACAAUAAACCAUGGUAUGAAAGUUCUGGAGAUGAGGGAGAAGAAAAACCACAUGCUCACUCCACAAGACAGGACCCACCUCCCAGUAUACCCCACCCUGAAGCUGAACUAGAACCAGAACAAGUCAUGUACUUUUGAACCGCUACAGAGACAUGUAUGGUGCCAGUAGGGGUAGACUUACAAGUAGGGCUGCAUACUUACAAUUGCAAACAAAAAGAUAGUAUAAAACACUUAUUCCUUAUCACCUGAGAUGCCAGUCCGACUGCUGAUAGAAUCACCCAAAGAUUGUUGGGUGAUCUGACUCAGGGAUGGACUGGGACGGACAGAGAGCAGAAAAUGCCAUGUUGUAUUUUAAACCUCCUUGAUUUUACUAUCCGGUAUGCAGGGUUGUAGCCAGCCUGAAAUAAUUUUCUGCCCCCCAAUCUGUUUUGGUGAAAAAUUACACAAGAAGACAGUUUUUUAUAUCUUUACUGACUUUACAUAUAGAUUUUUGUCCAUCACAGGACGGAAUGGGCAAAUUUUUUUUCUGUCCCCAGCUGCAAAAUUCCUUCAAAGGACGGAAGGGCUGGCACUGGCUACAACUCUGUCGGUAUGUUAAACCCAAAAAUCUCUGUGGUAAUGGUCUGUUAUCCCGUACUAGUACACAGCCCUAGUUGCAAGUCCAACAUAUACAUGUCAUUUCCAAAUGUUCAAGCUUAGCCAUUUCAGCAAUAAACGUCUUUCUGCGAAGUUCAGGGGCAGUCACAGAAGAAAUACUUUUGAAUGAGGGAGGAAGCUUCCCAUCAAUCUACUAUGCAAAAUUUGGUUCCAAGCCAUUAGAUAAUUAGUGAAAUAAGAUAUAGUUACACAAGAUUAAACAGUGAGGUGAACAAGUGAAAAAAUCCAGACUAACGUGACAAAAGUAGAUUCUAUAGUCUCAUUAUUGUGUCCAUGUAUAACAAUUUUUUAAACCUCUGCUCAUUUGUUUUUCUGUUUUGUAGGAUGAACUAUUCCAAUAUGAUUUUAUGGAUGUUGCAUUUUAAAAAGGGACAAAUCAGAGGAUCAACAUUUAAAAUAAAAUAUCCUAGAACCAGAAGAAUGAAAUGGCAUGGCCUUAAUGCAACAUUAAUAAAGGUUAUACCUACAGGUGAUAAGAUUUGCAAGGUAACAGUUACUCAAGCAAUUUGAUAGAAUUUGGAAACACGUUUUAGAAAGCAUCCGCUGUCUUUCACCAGUGUCUGGAGAAACAUCUGGAUAUACCAGCUUUUAGACCAAACUCCAUUGGACCCAAGUUUAUACUUUCAGAACAUCAAUAUUGUACUGGAAGGUUUUUGCAACCAUCUUCUAACCACCCACUAUCCCUUGGUAAUUGAAACUCUUACUAGCUGUUGUACAUGUGUUAUGUGCACUAUUGAUAAGUGUGCAGCUUGCCAGACGUGUAUGCUUUUAUCUUGAAUUUUAACCAUUAUCCUGCUAAAGUAGCCGUUUGGCACCGAGUUUGUCCUUGUUAUGGGUAAGGCAGUAGGGAAAAGGUUGGCAUCAUUGGAAUGACCUACACUCCUAUAGUAUAUGCAGGAAAAACAAAAUAUUUUGUGAAACCACGUGUAUGUUUGGUAAUGACAAAGGUUUUUACUUUUGAAAUUUGAUUAGAUUUCAGUACCAUUAUAUGAAUAAUGUGUACGGAUACUCAUGACCAAAUGAUGAAGUAAGGACCAUUUUGUAUUCAUGUUACAUUUAUGACAUUUGACAAUCAAGUCUUUUAACUUGUUUUAUUUUUCAUAUUUAAAUGAUUCUAACAGAUUUAAAAAAAAAAUAGAACUGUAAAUGUAUUACAGUUAUAUCACUGAAUUCCACGAUAAAAAUAUGAUAGUCUUGCACUUGUAACAGAAAUAUUUUCUUUCCACAAUAAGACAGUUUUGUGUGUACAUUGUGUAUCAGUAGCACAAGUUAAAGACUAUUUAUACAAAUGUAUUUUUGUAAAAAGAGAGAGCCUUUUCUGUCUGCUGUAAAAAUGUACAUAUUUUAAUAUCCUCGAAUUUGUAAAAUCAGUUUUCCAUUCAAAUUUGUAAUGAAUGGAAAGGUAUUAUUGCUGUGACAUAAGAAGAGAAAUACAUUGUGUAUCUGAA